GCACGCCGGUUGGACAGAGACGGAAAAAGAGAGAGCGAGAGAGAGUGGCAGAGAGAAGCCUCUCCCCAUGAUACGCGUACACAUCCUGGUCCCUUAUUCCCUGUACGUGCGAAGGGGGUUUCGAGAGACCAGCAACGGUGGAGCCACGACGACAACGAGCCACAACCACGACGGCGAACACGACUACUACGACACCGCGUGGGGGUUGCACGAAGACCCCCUGGUGGGGUUCUGGCUGCCGACCCCACAGUCCCCCGCUGGAAAUGAUAUCAGUCGCGACUCGGUCGAGGGAGCCCCAGCACGCGUCGUGCCCCUCGCAGAGUGACCCCGCUUGCUCGCUUGCUCGAUUGUCCGCUCGCUUCGCGUUCGCGUUCGCGUUUCCACGUUUCCUUCUCGGCGACUGUUCGCGCUCGGUGCUCUCACGGUUUCUCACGGGGGGCAGACAGGGUGUAGAACGGUGCUCGCGUAGAACGAGCAAACUUCUUGACACACUGUGUGUGUGUGUGCGCGUGUGUGUGUACCUCUCGACCUACCCCUUCUUCCCGGUCCGUAGCACCCGCUGCUCCGGCUCGUUCUGUGCGCGACGAAGACUCUCUUUUUACCCGUAACAUUUGUUGCAACGGUUUGGACAAACACCGAAGAAGGGACUUGAAGUGUUACCAUAAUGGGCGAUAAGACGUUCAAUCUCACUUGGAACAAUCAUCUGGCAAACUUGUCCGGAUUGUUUGAAGGGCUAUAUAAAAGUGGCUCUUUGACUGACACGACCUUAGCCUGCCAGGGUGGUAUGCUGAGAGCACACAGAUUGGUCUUGGCAGCAUGUAGCCCUUACUUCGAAAGAGUCUUCAAAGAGCACUAUGGUGAACAACCGAUUCUUAUUUUAAAAGGCGUGGCGGUGGAGGAAAUGGAGUGUCUGCUGGACUUCAUGUAUCGGGGCUCCAUCGACGUGGCAGAGGAACAUCUGCCGUCCCUGAUAAAAACUGCGACGGACCUGGAAGUUCGCGGGCUCUCGGGCGACCACAGAAACCAAGAAAACAGCCGGAGCCCUUACACGAGGGUGGAAACGCGAAUGCAACGGUGUCACAUAGAGACAAGGGUUCACACGACCGAGUACAUGAAGGAUCCCUCCGUGAUUCCCUUUCUGCCGAAACAGUCUUCCGUGGAGUCGCUGGAGGACCACAUCAAGGUCGAAGAGAUCGAGGUGGAGGACGAUCCGAUGGUGAUCGAUGGCCACGAGGACACGUUCGACGAACCAUUACGGACCACAGAUACGCAAAUCAGACGCAUGCCGCCGCCGAUGUACAAACGGGAAACAAGAUUUAAAGGUCAGAAAAGAGUGUCCGUCGGACGCACCUCGAGGAACAGUGAGCCACAAGAGUACAGGUCGAAGGAGAGGCUAGCCCAGAAAGAGGACACGUCCAGGGACGAAAUGUACGAGGAGUCGUCCGCGGUCAAAUCUGAGCCGAACUUCAACAACGGAUCCUCUGAUCCUACGGACUCUUCGAGAAGCGCGGAUGAGAGCUCAAGGUUAACGGUGAAGAAAAGGAACGACAUCGGCUCGAAAAGGAUGGGACUGGCCGAGGGGAAGGAAUCGAGACCGUUAAUGUCGAAGUCCGAAAGGGCUCAGUACAAACCUUUCUCUUGCGAUCUUUGCACCCUAGCCUUCACAAGGGCUUCUCAUUUAGCUAGACACAGGAGAGUCCACACGGGAGAAAGGCCGUUCGCCUGCAGCAUUUGUCCGCGAAUGUUCGCCAGGCAGGACAAGCUCAAGCAACAUCUGGAUUCGCAUUUGCAAUGGCCCAAAAGGAAAAACAACAUGUCCAAUACCAGCUACCAAUCGACAACCUCAUCGUCGGGCAAAGGGAAAAGGGGCAGACCACGGAAGGUGAACUUGGAGCAGUCGGCCAUGGAGGAGAUCUUGAAAUUCGGCGAGUUCAGUUCGUUGUUGAACAAAUCUCAUUCGGCGAAUUCGACGGACAAGAGCGAGGAGUUCGCCGGGGCCGAUAACGAGAGAAAAAUUGAGGAUCAGAAGGACGACGCCGCGGAACCGAGGGAGGACGAGAAGGACAGGGACGGGGACACGGACAUGGACGUCGACAAGAAUAAGGAGAAGUACGAUCGUCAGGUCGGGAACGGCAAAGAGGACGCCGUUUAAGAAACUUCCUUUGACACCUUACAAAACUUUCGCAAGGAAUAUUUUUCCAUGAGUAAGGGAAAGCACCUAAUCCAUACUUAUUGUUAUAUAGAGUGUUGGAAACUGUCGAACUUUCUUCGAUUGAUGUCGCUAUCCAGGUAUACUUUCUUCUCGAUCAUUUCCUUUCGCGCGCGAAAGAGUCAAGCGUUAUACAAUUGUCCGGUCGCAUCGAUGUUCUUCGGGGCCGGGAAUCGAUUUCAAUUUGUUAAACGUUUCACGAUUCACGGUUCAACUAUCUACGGAGCAUGCCAUAUCAGAAGGUUGGGCGUUCUUUUUUUUUUUUGGAACGUAAUACGUUCGGAACUGCGUAAACGACUAUCAAAUGGUUCUUAUAUUAUCGAGGAUCCUCCGGAUUCGAAUUCAAAUUCCACGGUCACGCUAUUUCGCAGUUAACGCAUCAUCCACCGGCGAGAUAAUAUCCGAGAGUCUAUAAUUUACUGUUAAAAAUAAUAUUAAUAAUUAAUAUUAAUAAUAAUAAUAAUAAUUUAAUUAAUUAAUAAUUAAAUCCACGAUAAUAUUACCUGAUAAUUUCGUUUCCGAUUAUCGCGUAGAAAAUCAUUGUUUUCAGUAGAAUCGCGGUAAUUGAAAAUCCCGGUGGAUAAAGUGUUAAAUAUGCGCAAUUUUUCCCUAAAAAUAAUAAUAAAGAUAAAACUCGCAGACGGAUAAAAUGAUGUAAAGUUCAGAAUUGCUGUUGUCGAUGUUCAAGAUAUCACAGAUAGAAAAUAACGAACGAGCGAGAACUCGAUCGGGAACACGAUCUCGUUCAUCGAAAAACUUCGUCUCUGCGUUUUCUAUUCAGUGUUCCACAUUAUAAUGAAUCAUUGCUGUAUCUCUCCGCCGAUUCCACGGAUCGCGUCUUAUCUCGCAUUACGAAAGGUCUGGUUUUUUCGAACAUUCAAUUUGGUCGCGUCAGCACACGCGCACUUUACAGCGUGUUCGUCUGAUAUCGAGUUCCCUUGCGAGUCAAAAUUACGAAUAUUUAUCCGAAUCAGCGAUUAAAUGUUCGGAAGAAUCCUAUUAGUAUACGUACUCGUGCUAUAACAACCGUCGUUCACGAUUUCCAACGAAGCGAACUAUACCAUUCAUAUUUAUGAUUCACGUUUCUCUACGUUUCAGUGCGUCGAUCGUGAAUUUCUAUGAUGAUUAACAUUAUAUCGUGCUCGCUCGGUGCUGUACAAUUGACGAACAAAGAUACAGUGAGAGUUCGUGUUGUUAAAAUUGUCGACAGCAGAGACACACCAUAGAAAAGCAUUCGAAACGCAUGAAUUUGAUCGAAUCGAUUUUUCGAAAUUGUUGUGCGACGGUGUUAAGUGUCCGAAUAUUUCCCUUUAACAGUUUCAUUUUCGAAAAUCUCGGGAGAUGUUCAACCGUUUCAAGUUGCAUCGACGUGAUAAGAAGAAACAGUAUCGGAAUCGUGAAUUCGAGAAUGAUUCGGCUUCGUUAAAACUGCCAAUGACAUUGACGUAUUAACGAUUUUCAAAAGUAUAAUUCGAACCGGUAAAAUUGACGAAAUGAUCGUAAAAUCGUGUAAAUCGGGAUCAUCGUGCGGAACGAUGAUCGCAGCGAAGGGAUCGAUCAAAUGAUUGUAUAACCGCUCUGGCGUGUCUAUUUAUUUGUUGAGAUACAGGACAUCUUUGUUGCGAACGCGACAAACAAAUUCGUUCGACAGAGUACCUGAAGCACCCGCGUUACGAUGUAUAACAAUGAAUUAACGAAUUAAUGAACAAUGGGUGAGGACAGGCCGUGUAGAAAGAACAAAAAGAAAAAUGAAAAAGAAACUAAACGAGUCCAAGACGACUGUUUUUUAGGUACUGAUAAAUUGAAUUCCGUGCGGCGAUCCGCUGUCGCGCGAAAGAUAUUUAUAUCGGACGAUAAGAUUAGGAGAAAGAACUUUACGUUGGAAACUCGACCAAAUUAUACUUUAGCUUGAAGACUGCGGUAUGGUUUGCAUUGUGAAACACUACGACUGACCAAAGUUUUAAAUUGUAGCGACAACUUUCUUCGUAAGCUUACGCGACAAUUAAUAUUGUAGGAUAGUUGUAUCGAUAGAACUUUAUUUUUUUUUGUUGAUAAUUGUGUAAGUUCGUUCUGAAACCGAUCAGUCGUUCUGAUCGACAGGUUACCCGAUUCGAUGCUUUACCUGAGUUUAUUUAUAUGAUCUUUUUUACAACGCUGUGUCUUGCAUCCGCUAUCUAAUAACUGUCAAAGCGCGUUCGUGUCUCUAACAAGCGGGUUUGAACGUAGGCCUACGAAACAUUCGACACAUUUAAUUAGUCGAAUGUUCAGCCGUUUUUUGCAGAACAUGUAGCACAGCUACGUACCUUCCUCUUAUUUCUGAUACGCUGUCCCUGGCGAAGAGUGUUCCAUCGAACGAACGAGAUUGCGCUUUAUUUUCACGGUGAACACGGUUUUCGCUGUUUACAACGAAAAUAGAGUGCAAGAGUUCUUGACCUUUUUUGCGAUGAAAUAUUAAUGCGACACCGAGUAUCUUUUCGUUCAUGUUUUAUCGCUGUCUAUUAAUUUUUUAUAAGCACGUGCAUUCGGGAUAACAAGCAGAAUAAUAAGCAGCAGAAUUUUACAAGUUUAUAACAGCAUUAUGGUAAAAUAUAAAAUAUAUAUAUAUUAUUGUAUAUAUAUUAGUAUAUUUUCACGUUUCUUAAAUACUUUUCGUGUUUCUUCCAUUUCUGUUGAAAAUUACUUGAAGGAACAGAGGUGUUUUUAACGUAUAUUUACGUUUCUAUUCGAGUCAAGUAUGUAAAAUACAAGAAAACGAACACACUGAUGGAAAUUAAAACAACAUUAUUCUAUGAUCAUCAUAAGGAACUUCCUAAUUGAUACAGAACAUUUUUCUGUACUCUUUAUAUAUUCGAAGAAUGAUCAAUGAAAAUAAUAAUUCCCACAAAGAAUCGCAGUCCAAUAAUUACACUGUUAUAAACUAAAUAUCCGAAUGCUUCAUAGUUCUCUCGAGACAGACGCGUCAGAAUUCGUGUUUCGGCUAUUUAUACUUUCAAGUCAUUCCCAACAAUUUCUAUGCAGAACCGACGUCUAUUAACUGUUUCGAACGUACUUUGUGUCUCGCAACAAAUGCAUUUUAUGCCGCAUUAUUUCUCCUCAACGGAUAGACCGAGGUCUUAAAACUGACCUUCUAAGAAAACUGUGCUGGCGAGGAAGUAGGUCGCCCACAAAACCGUCGGUCUACGUCGAUGUAUGUUAACGAACGAUUAUUUAUUUCGAAGAACUCGGAAUAUUUCAGCAUGUUCGCUAUCGGCGUUCGUUUAUCGCGGUCGCUCUUAUGAUUACAAUGUUGCACCGUUGAAUGCAACUCAACGUUUUACAAAAUAUGAAAAACGAAUGAAUUUAGUUUUCUUUACGUAAGAUACGUAAGAAGCGAAGAAACCUAAUCGACCGUCACGCGAAGUCCCCUUCGACUUGUUGUUAUUUUGUGAGACAAGUGCAACAACAACGUUUGCUUCUUGUUUUAUCGAGGACUCUUCGAUCAGGGGUAGCAAAGGGCGUCGUCGCCCUAACGCUGUAACUAACUUCGAGUCAUGUUAGUUUGUACGAUGUAUUUGUUAUUAUAAGGGAUGUGCACCUAGAUGUACGACAGUGCAAACUAUACCUACGUAGAGAAGACCCCGUUAUUCCAAUGGGGUAUUCGAGAAAAAGAAAAUGUAGCUUCGAAUAUUUUGUUAUACACGCGAUUGAAAUACGUCAAGUACAAAUGUCCAAAUAUUUAGAAUAUACGUGUGCGUAAGUGUGCAUGUCUGCCAUAUAUAAAAAGGAACAAAAAAUAACGAACGGAAUGAUAUAUUAUAUACAUACAUAUAUAUAUAUAUAUUAUAUACGCGUGUAUCGCGUCCGGUGGUCGGCGUCCACGCGAAACAAUGUUGUUGAUCCGUUUCCUCUCUUUUAUACGAAUAUCACGGCUUCUUGGACGACAGGACUUGCACUACGUCCUCGUUCGACUAACGCUCUUGGUGUAUGUAUAUUUGUUUUCUUCUGUUUUCCGUAGUUUCAUAGGUAACCAUCGUGGUAAACGUACCACCAUCCCCCACGGUAGCGCCAACGGGACGAUUCGACGCUUAAAAAAAAAAUACUAUGGAGUAACAUGUUUCAGUUUUGCAUUCGUGCUCGUUUAUCCUUGUUCGCAAGCUUACAGAUUAUAUAUCGAUUGUUGUUUCUACUUUAUUUAAUUAGGUUCUCAUUUUUCUGUACGAUGUAGAGUAGUUCCUUUAUCUUCGUCCAUAUCUCAAGAGUCAACGAUUCCGUACGCGACGUUGAAAUUAUUGUCGGUCAUCGAUUCUUUAGGCAUCGCGAAUUUAAAGUCGACGUCGCAUCGAGUCAUACUAUUGGAAACGUUUGUCGCAACACUGAUAUUUACGUAGCGUGCACGGAUCUUCUUUGACGAUGCGAUCGACGAAAUGUUUCGAACAACUUAUUUUGCCAAUGAAUUUGACGCGAUGCGUAUCCGUUCUUAUCGGAACCGUUAGGUCGUGUCACGGUUGAAUGUCGGAUAUCUUUGCAAAUUGAUCGAUUAAUUUGGAGUUGCGACGUAGUGAAAUUUUUGGCCGGAAGAAACAAAUUAAGAUCGAAAGAAACAAAUCUUCCUUUCAAACGAUUCGACAUUUCGUAUCGCACGAGCUAACCAGCGAGCUACCUACCUAGUCAUUUGAAUAUUGAUUUACAAUCGAGUGUGAUGCGAUUAAUGUUUCUAGCGCCGCGCACGUGUUUAUAUCGCGGUUUCGUUCACGAGCUGAUUUUUUUGUUCGAACUUUCGAGUAACUCGAACGUGUAUUCCGUGGCGCGCGGCAGUGCCAUUCAAGUAGCGUUUUUUCUGUAAUAUCGGUUGUUGUUGUUGUUGUACAAACUAUAUUUUGUUCCGUUAUGUUCUUGUUGCUCGACCUAUCAGGCGUUACAUUGUGAAAACUUCUGCGACGGCGGUGUGCAAUUUAUCGUCGGUGACACGAUCUUUUUUUUCCUCUGUCACCGCGAGCUGCGAGUGAAUUUCGUGCAAUCAAUCCAUUGUGGGGCGUCCGCAAAAUGAACGCCCGUGAGUCUUCAUAUCCCUCAUAGUGUACAUUGUGUAGCCUGUGUAAAUAAAUUGUAAAGUGAACGUCCUUUUUAA